AUGUUGUCAUCUAGUGCUGUUUUCACUUUAAACCUUGGGGUAACAAUGUUUGGAUAUGGAGCUGAUGCAACUGGUUUGCAUUCUCUUACAAAGUUUUCCAGUGAUGCAGAAAGCCAACGAAAUGCUUUUACAAAUACGCCAACUGUUUUAUAUGUCCGAAGAGACAGAAGUGACCGUCAUCGUGUUGCCAACGUUUUCGAUUCCAAUGGGAAUAAAAUUUAUACAUUUGAAAGACGUACAAUGUUUUCACCAAUAUGGUCUAUGUAUAACGCAGAUCGCCUUGAAGUUGCAACAGUUAAAGUGGGUAUUAUUCAUCGCAGUAUUGAUUUUCAUAUGAAGCCUGAAAUCAAGCAUCGUGAAAUGGCACUGAGUCUUGGGUACGGAGGCUUGUCCCGUAUGUUUUAUCUGAAUGACGGAGCACCGUAUGAAUGGUCACGUGCAUCGAAGUAUCUUGAACGAAUUGUGAACCCGGGAGGAGGAAGUGAAGAAAUUCGUCAGCGGGUUGCAUUUGUUCGGUUAAUGCGUCAGUUGAAGUUUGAUUUUGAGCUUCUUGUCGAUGAGACAGAGAUUGACUUAGAAGUGGCACUCACAACUAGUUAUAUUGCUAUGAACACUCUUUGGGGUAUUGGCGAACAAGUGGAAACAACAGGACCAACAAAAGUCUUUCCUUUUAUUUCUGAGAAAUUUUAUGAGGACGAGGAAUAUAUUCAGUCCCGAGAGGUUGGAAUGGUGUAUUCAUAUGACAGCCAGGAUGGCGAUGUUGACCCAGUUGAAAUAAAGAAGUGUGGGAGCUCCACUGUUGCUGCAGAAUUGGAGGUUGAGAGACUUUGCAUGGAUAAAGCGGCACGCACUGAUGAGAGUUCCCAGUGUGAGCCUGGAUCAACAGUAAAUAACUAA